AUGGCGCUCGACACUUUCUUCCACAACAAGAUCGAGAGCAUGAAGCUCGAGAUCAUCCAGGGCCAGUCCAAGCUCCGCCGUCUAGAAGCACAGCGCAAUGACUACAACUCGCGGGUGCGGUUACUACGGGAGGAGCUGGGUCUGCUGCAACAGCCUGGCUCGUACGUCGGCGAGGUCGUCAAGGUCAUGGGCACCAAGAAGGUGCUGGUCAAGGUGCAUCCCGAAGGCAAAUACGUCGUCGACAUCUCCGACCAGGUCGACAUCAGCAAGCUGACGGCCGGCAAACGUGUCACCCUCCUCAGCGACUCGUACAAGCUCGAGAAGCUGCUACCCUCGUCCGUCGACCCGCUCGUCUCGCUCAUGAUGGUCGAAAAGGUGCCCGACAGCACGUACGACAUGAUUGGUGGCCUGGACCAGCAGAUCAAGGAGAUCAAGGAGGUCAUCGAGCUGGGCCUUAAGCACCCGGAGCUGUUCGAAUCGCUCGGCAUCGCACAGCCGAAGGGCGUGCUUCUAUACGGGCCACCUGGUACUGGUAAGACGCUGCUGGCGCGUGCCGUGGCGCACCACACGGACUGCAAGUUCAUCCGUGUAUCCGGCAGUGAGCUGGUGCAGAAGUACAUCGGUGAAGGUUCGCGCAUGGUGCGUGAGCUGUUCGUUAUGGCGCGUGAGCACGCGCCUAGCAUCAUCUUCAUGGAUGAAAUCGAUAGUAUCGGUAGCAGUCGUGUCGAGGGCGCGUCGGGAGGUGACUCGGAAGUGCAGCGGACGAUGCUGGAGUUGCUAAACCAGCUCGACGGCUUCGAGCCGACCAAGAACAUCAAGAUCAUCAUGGCCACCAACCGUCUCGACAUUCUCGACCCCGCGCUUCUGCGCCCCGGCCGUAUCGACCGCAAGAUCGAGUUCCCCCCACCGACGGUCGAGGCCCGUGCCGACAUUCUGCGCAUCCACUCACGUUCCAUGAACCUGACGCGUGGCAUCAACCUUACCAAGAUCGCCGAGAAGAUGAACGGCUGCUCCGGUGCCGAGCUGAAGGGUGUUUGCACCGAGGCCGGCAUGUACGCCCUGCGCGAGCGCCGCGUCCACGUCACCCAGGAGGACUUCGACCUCGCCACGGCGAAGGUCCUGAACAAGCACGACGACAAGCAGAUGAGUUUGUCGAAGCUGUGGAAGUAA